UCACAGACAAUGACGUCAGCAGCAAUCAGCGCUCCCUGGGCAGGACAAACCGUACUGAACGGAACAAGCAGCGAUGGUUCUCAUCAAGGAGUACCGUGUCGUUUUGCCCUGUAGUGUGGAGGAGUAUCAGGUUGGGCAGCUCUUCUCUGUGGCAGAAGCUAGUAAAAAUGAGACGGGUGGAGGUGAGGGAAUCGAGGUACUCAAAAAUGAGCCGUAUGAAAAAGAUGGAGAAAAAGGACAGUAUACACACAAAAUCUACCACAUACAGAGUAAAGUCCCAGCAUUUGUCCGGCUUUUUGCCCCAGAAGGCUCCCUGGUAUUUCAUGAAAAAGCAUGGAAUGCAUACCCUUACUGCAGAACUAUUGUCACGAAUGAAUACAUGAAAGACAACUUCUUCAUAAAAAUUGAGACAUGGCAUAAACCAGACAUGGGAACUCAAGAAAAUGUUCACAACCUGGACGCUUCCACAUGGAAGAAUGUAACAGUGGUGCCAAUCGACAUUGCAGAUAGAAGUCAGGUGUCCAAUGCUGACUAUAAACCAGACGAGGAUCCUGCUAAGUUCAAGUCGGCUAAAACUGGCAGAGGUCCUCUGGGACCUGAUUGGAAGAAGGAGCUGGUGAGCAAUGCUGAAUGCCCAAGGAUGUGUGCCUACAAACUAGUUACAGUCAAGUUUAAGUGGUGGGGUCUGCAGACCAAAGUGGAGAACUUCAUCCAAGAGCAAGAGAAGAGGAUCUUCAACAACUUCCAUCGCCAGCUCUUCUGUUGGAUUGAUAAGUGGGUGGAGCUAACAAUGGACGACAUCCGACGAAUGGAGGCAGAGACGCAGAAAGAGCUGGAAGAGCAAAGCGUGGUGGUGGGAUUUCUUUAUGUGAGAUGCGUAAGAAAGGCUCUGUUCAAGGUACCAAAGCUGCAGAGGAUUAGCCAGGUUUAGCUUCGCAGGCGGGGUGAGGUCCGGGGAACGAGUGCUGCAGACCAAUGAGAAGACUCAACGUUUAAGACGCCCAUCAUGACAGCAGUGACGGAGUCUGCUAAGAGGCCUCCACUGACGCCACUUUUAACCUUAGAUGAUGCCGGCCGCGGGGAAAGCGAGCUCAUCUACCUCCAAUCAAUAGAGCAGAUCCCUGACCUGACCCCAAACAGGAAUUGAUUUUUUUUUUUUUUUUUUUGGUGGGGGGGGGUGGAAUCCAGCACGAUCCUAGUUGAUAAGGCUUGGUUACGUUUAAUCACCAUGAAGAGAAAGCCCAACCGUCAUCAUGAAACCUCGACUUUCCUGGAGAUCCAGGGAGGAGCUGCUUCCAGGAAAGAUGAAAACUAAAGCAGAUUGACUAAGCUUUGAUAUUAGGCCAAAUAUGUAUUUCGUAUUUAAUCUGAAGUUAUCUUUUUGAUGGUUUUAAAAACAUUCCUAACCGAGAAGUGUCCUUAGAGCCUCACUUUGUCUCCUCAGUCUUACAGUAAACACCCAUGGCUCAGUGGUUUACAUUCCCUGACAAGAGACUGUUUGUCAUACUCAUGUUCAUUCCUGCCACAGCCUCCAUUAAGUGAUUACUAACACCCUUGGCGCCCAGGCCCAUUAUAUUCCUCCUGCCAUCAUCCCACCUCAACCCAAAGCACCGCAUCUCAUUAUCACUGACAAUCAUGUCUGUGCAAGUAGUCACUCUAACUGCCGUUCAAACUUGGUAAAAGAAAAAAAAAAAAAAGAGAAAAAUACCGGUGCAUAUGCUGUAUACACUCCAGACGAGGAUGAACGUGUGAAUUCCUUCUUAUGCACACACCUGCUCACAGGUGUGGAUACCUCUGAGCUGACUGAUCUGCUAAAAGCUCAAUCUGGGCAGAUCCAUGCAGGUUUCCUCACCUUCUCAACAGCCCCCACCUUUCCUCGCCCUAACUUUUCUGAAGACGUUGGCGCCUAACACUCAGCGCUCACCUCUUUUAACAGAUGUCCCGAGAGGAAGAAAAAAAGGAAGUGCUGUGAAAAACAGCCACAGAUGGUGCUACACCCCUCCAGCCGCUGUCACAAGCCAAACUGUGCCACACGCUGCCUGCCCACCGUGGACGCCUGUCCCACUCAUCUGCUUUUUGGAGGCAGGCGGCUCCCCAAAGACCGACCUACCUGUCUUCUUCCUUUGCUGAUGUUUACAGAUCUGCUCCAUCACUGUCCAGUUGACAACCAGCACCACAGCGCACACUUCAAUCCUUUGCCAAUCGCUCCUCAGAUCACGCCGCACCCUCUCUUUAGAUAAACAACAGCUAAGUGUUAGCAUUAGCCUUUAGCUGCUGUUUGCUGUUGGCUCUGAUGUGAGAAGUUCUUAUUUCCUCUGCACGAUUGAAUUUCAGAACCUGAACAAGGGCAAUUUCUUAUCUCAGAAAGCCGAAACGGUGAGGGCGGAGCCACGGAUUUCCAUUAUUUUUUUGUCUUUGGCAACAUGUUGGAAAGAUUUCAAAUAAGGUUUUAACACAGAAGUGCACUUUCCCACUUUGAGUGCCAUUUACAGACAAUUUCACUCACUUUUUCCAGAAGGAUUUUGGAGAUGCUCAACUUUCACAAUGUUAGACGUGAACAUUUUGUGCCUAAUGAGGGAAUGAGAUUUAUUCCAUUACAGGGCGGUUAUUCCAAAGAGUCUAUACGUCAUGUUUACAUGUGUUCAGAAAACAGAAUCGGAACAUGUUAGUCAUAGGAACAUCCUUUAAACAAUGUACUUCACUCAGGUGGCCACAGCACACUUUCUUUUUCCACUUCUAAACAUAAAAACACAUUUUUCACACCCAGAGACAGUUGAAUGAAAGUCUAUUUUAAUGCCUCUUGCACUCAGUUACUGUUGUGGAAUAUUGUGCCUUUCAGGGGGCCAGAAAUGUUAAAAACCAAUGAUCUGUCUUGUAAUCAGUAUGUCCAAAUGCUGUCUUAUUCUAAUUUAUAAAAAGAGUAAUUGUACUGAAAAGCUUGUGUUUUUUUAAGGGCUCUGAUUAGCUUUUAAGGAUCAUCGCGACAUGGGGGUGAAUGUAUGACGUUGUGCCUUUUCUAGAAAUCUUGUCUGCACAUAUCAAUAAAUCAAAUCAUUUUCUUACAUUAAA